AUGUUAGCAUCCGAAUUGCCAUUCGAAAUCCUUAGCCACAUUGCAAGCUUCAUCGCACCAGACAAGAAUUUUGACUACACUGUGGUCUGUAGAGCCUGGAAAAUACCGUUCCAGGAGUCUAUGUGGAGUAGAAUGAAUAUAUAUACCAGAAAGAAACUAGAAGACGCUUGUAAUACACCCGCAUCAAAUCAAUCAUACUACAAAAUACACGGUCACCUAGUACGUGAGUUAACCUUGUCAAAACGACUCCAGACCAGUGAUAGACAGCUUCGUAUCCUCCAGGACCUUUUUCCAAGUCUGAGAAGUCUGUACAUAUACGAGGAAAGUGUGGACAAUAUUGAAUUCGGAGUGAUGGCCGACUGGAGCAUAUGGCGAUCCUUGACACACCUCAAGAUAUGUGUAGAAGGGUUCGAGAUUGAGGUCAAUGUGAAAAAAUUCCUUGAGCUCCUGUCAUUCUUACCUUGCCUUAAACGACUGGAAUAUGUCAAAGCACUUUGUGGCCUGUCGUCGCUCUUCAAAAUUGACGAUUUCGAGACACUACACAGACACUUGCCACAACUAACAUAUCUAUCGACUGCCAUGGAUCUUGACAACAUAUCGCCAAACGACAUUCAGACAAUCACAAAUUCUAAUCCUGCAAGUCCCUUGACAACAGCCGAAAUCAGAGUUGAUCAUAUGGAUAUCCGGUGGCUUUGGUAUUUUGCCCAAAAGUACCCAAACAUACGCACCCUGGAAUGGAAAAUCAUCAACACCGGGUUCGAUACAAGCGUCUCACCUGAUGAAGUAAUAUCUUUAUUCCCUUCACUUACCUUUGCAUUUCCGCAUCUGAAUAAGGUUGUUAUGAAGGGCGAAUCUGAAAAGGUAUCGAUGCACCUAGCCUUUUGGGAUCUUGUCUACCAGUUCCGUGCGCCGAUAAAGCACUUGGUUUAUUAUCUGGCCGGCAGGCGAAAUAUUCCAGAAUUGCUGGAGCAAAUCAUCAAAAAAUGUAUGAGUUCUUGCUCAGAAACUCUAGAAACCCUUUUACUUUUGUGUUGGGCUGAGAUGUGUGACCCUUUAAUAAUUCCAAAUGCACUGGGUAUUUGUACCCACCUACAGAGUCUUAAUUUAGAGGUACGCCGAAGCUCUAUUGCACUGGAUGUUAUCCUCGAUAAUUGCAGUCUCCUCAAGAAACUUAAAUUGACCAGCCAAAGGGUUAGCAUACAGCCAGAUGCCUCCAACAGCCCAAAGUUACAUGGCUUACGAUUCUUGGAACUCAGGAUGGCGACCAUCAAAUCGACUCUGUUUCAAUAUAUCUCAUCCCGAUGUAGAAGCCUAAACUACAUGCGCCUGGCUAGUAUAAAUAUAUUUGGACCCCUUUUGCCGAAAACCGGAAGUCUGAACCUGGAUAUGCCACAUACGUGUUUUGAAAGAUUGGAACUCAACUGUGUGGUAUUUUGCGCCUCACACGAUGACUGGAGUAUAGAAAUGCCCAUCAAUUUCAUGGCACUUUCCCAGACGAAUUCAACCCCUUGUGAUAAAAACACCCCCUCACAAUUGGUAUGGUUUCAUCUCCACCGACCGUCGCGAUGUGGCCAUCAGAGAGAUCAGAUCCGGAUACUUAAGAAAGCCGAAGCAAAAUACUCUAGAAAAUACUUUCGUGCGUUUGAACGCAAGACCGUAAAGAACCCUGACAGUCAAAAUGGAGUUCGGCGGUCUUAUCAUGGACAGGUUCUCAAACACUUGUGGAAAAAGGAUCUUCCUCUAGGAUAUGCAAGAUUAAACUGUAAAUAUUCAAGGAACUUUGUAGUUGACACCAAGGAAUCACAGAAACGCAAUAAAUUCCUAAACCAUCAUUUCUGCUUUAAUGUUUGCUUCUCACGCUGUGUACCCAUCUAUUUGGAUUUGAUUACGAUAACACAUUCAUUUUGUGGUCUGUCCUCCCAUGAAGCUGAUAUUCUUAAAACUUUGUCGACAAACUGUGAAAAAAUAUUUGUCAUUUCUAUCUUCAUCAUGUCAGCAUCUACAUUGCCAUUCGAAAUCCUUGUCCACAUUGCAAGUUUCCUUUCAACCAAUGACAAGCUUACAUGCAUUCUUACCUGUAAAGCAUGGGAACCAGCAUUCCAAGAGACCCUGUGGAACACAGUUGAUAUCCGACACAAAGGGAAACUAAACGUUAUUCAUGGCGUACUUGUCUCCAAGGGGGACUCUGUCCAUAGCCAAGGCACAUACGUGCGGGUCCUGGUUUUUGCUUUGGGGCUCAAAGUGAGCAGCGAACAGCUACGUACCUUUCAGAGACACUGUCAGAAAAUACAGCACCUUAUUAUUCGAGAAGGGGGCCUGAGCAAGGAUUAUUUCUUAAAGAAACCUGACUGGGAAUUGUGGGGAGCUCUAACGCGUCUUGAAAUAUGCCUUUCAGGGCUCAACUUGGUGAACGAACCGAGAGAACUUAUUUACAUCAUAUCUCACCUACCUCGUCUCAGGAGGCUGGAUUAUGUCGACGCAAUGAUGGGGCCAAGACCGCUUUAUAAACUACAGGAUUUUGAGGCAUUACACAAUCACCUACCACAGCUGGAGUAUCUGUCGAUGGCCGUGUGGCUUGAUGUUGUACCGACAGAAGAUCUGACUAUUAUUAAAGGUGCCACUCCAGCCAAUGCCUUGACUACCCUAAAACUUUAUGUGGACAAUAUGGAUCUAUGGUGGAUGUAUUAUAUGGCUCAAAAAUACUCCAAUAUUAUCACAUUGGAGAUGAAAAUUGAUACAGAAUUACGUAGACCAAACAGCUUCCGUGAGGACGAAACAUCAAAGCUCUUAGAUCUUUCCGAUGUGUUUCCGCGCCUCGAGAACACCCUUAUUGCAUGCAGACCAAACACAGAGUGGUCACAGCUUACUCUAUGGGAUCUAUUUCGUCGGUUUGAUACACCACUAAAAAACCUAAAGUAUGACCUCCACUCCUGCUAUGACAUGUCUGGAUCGCUAGAGAGAACCGUUUCAGGAAGUAUCCAAUCUUGCUCAAGGACACUUGAAUCAUUUCAUAUUUCCAGCUAUGUUGAUUUUUCUGACCGCUGCAAGGUUCCAAGAGCUCUCAGCUUCUGUCCUAAUCUGGUAGAUCUGCAGAUAACUUCUUACAUCACUAUUGUUGCACUGGAUAUAUUUCUGGAUCAUUGUGCAGUUCUGAAGAACCUAACCCUCAGUGUCAGCAUGCUUUCCGUAAUAGCAUCGCCAUUCCAUGACUCUACCCCACACGGACUAGAGUCUCUCAAGAUUAGCAGAGCGACCACCAACGGAUGCAUACUGCGUUAUACUUCACUCCGUUGCAAAAAUCUAAAAUACAUGUACUUGAUCGACGUGAACUUUUUUGGAAUUAUUAACCAAGAGACAGGAAGUCUCUGCAUUGACAUGUGUGACACUCGGUUCAAGUACCUCGAGCUUGUUCGGGUCUCUUUUUACUCUUCCAGUGGCGAUAGGGAGAAUUCUCUCAAGUUCUUGUGUAUUUCAUGGCCAAAUUACUCACUGAUAUCGGAUACUAUGCUUCAGGGAAACAAUGACAGCUCAUUAUGGUUUCACAUGUACAGCAGCCUAGCAGACACAGGGCCGCAUAAUAACGGAUUGAUGGUCUUGAGCGAAGAGGAAAUCAGGCUUUCCGAAAAAUACUUUUCUAACUUUAGGCUUAACAGUGCAAAUGUUUUUGGAAACCAAGAGGAAGAUCGGUUCUAUAGAGUCAAGUCGACGUGGAACAACUGGAUAGAUUGGAGGAAAUCUCUUUCGCUUGGGUAUGCCACAAUAAGAUGUGCUUCUGUGGAAAAAUACCACAUUACUUAUGAGUCUUAA